AUGGCCCCUAAGCAGAAAGGUGAGACGGACGGCGAUUCAUCUAAGCCGCUCUCCGGUUGCGUUAUCACCGUCUGUGGCAAGUUCAAUCGAACACACCAGCAGAUCGAGAAGGAUAUCAAGACGCUUGGAGGCACCUACAAGAAAUCCUUCUCCAAACAAAUUACGCACCUCAUAGCCACCCGGGAGUCGUACAAUAAGCCCUCCGACCUUGUUAAGAAGGCCAAAAAACAGGACGACUGUAAAAUCGUCGAUGUGAAAUGGCUCGAGAAGUGCUCAAAGUCCGGGUCGAAGGUCAACACCACACCGUACCUUCUCGAGCAGCAGGCCGAGAGCAAAGAGGACAUCUCCGACAGUCAGACCGGCGACGAUGCCAUCAGUGAGUCCGGCAACGACUCUAGCGACGACUCUGGCGACGCCUCUGGCGACAACUCUGGCGACGGCUCCGGCGACCAAUCCGAGGACGAUCUGAGAAAAAAUGGGCGGCAUAAGAAGAAAGAAAAGGGCCGAAUCCUUGAAAACAUGUACAUCUGUGUGAUUGACACUCUUAAAGACCAAAACGUGGAGCAGUUGAAAAAGGAGAUCCGCGCCUUGGGGGGGCGUUAUCAGACGAGCGUUACAAGGAAGACCACCCACCUCUGUGCAUCGCAACGCCAAUUCGAUACCCUUCAGAAAGACAUCUUGUAUGCGCGUGACAACGGUGCUCUUAUCGUCAGUCUAUCGUGGCUCAACGACACGCUCUACUUGAAGGAGCUUCAAAGCACUGACAAGUACGUCCUUCGAAGCAGCGAGAAGACGAGGUCGGAGGGCAGCCCGAGGAGGAGGACGUCCCCAAAGAGUAAUCGAGAGAGCCAAGAGGAAAGCAGUGAGGACGAGGAAGAGAGUGACGAAGAGCAGCACAAGCCUCCUACCCGUUCGACCACGCACAGAGCACGGAACAGACGCAUGGCAACGCCGCCGGACUCCGAAGGUCGUCGAUCCACCACACCCGCUAAGAAGCCGGGUCUGUUCUGGAGCACCAAUACGAAAAAGCUCCUCGACAUGCCCCUGCACCCGCCCAAGGAUCCGGCACAAGUUGGAAGUAGUUUCAUCCAGCUUGUAUCCGAUCCGGACCAGAAGACGGGCUCGAAAAACAAACCACUCGACGGGCAGAUCGUGACCGAAGUGUACAGAGGGCAGCUUCUGGUUGCAGCACCUGGGUUGAACAAGGAAUAUCCGGAAUCCAUGAGAGCCUUUCUCGUGCAAGGCAGUCGCUAUGCAGGACACAAGGCAAGCUUUCGGCAACUCGGCAAAGUAGCCAUGCCGUCAGGCACGAAGGCUGACUUUCCGGGAAUAACACUGGACAAGAUGAAUGUAGUUCUUGUGGCAUCCGAUGAAGCCGAGAGGGUGUCCCUUGUGCUGUUUCUCGUUGAUGGUACGGAACAUCUGCAGCUUGCGUCUCGCACAACUCUGAACGACAUCCUGGGCAAUAAGAAGGGAGAUCAAAUCGUGAUCGGGAGGAGGAAAUUGGCCGGACAGAAUGUUCCAAAGAAGAUGAAGGCGAUCGAGGUUUCGCCUGAAGUGUGGGACAUGCUUGAGAGGAAGAACGACGGGGCGACUUCGUAG